AUGCAUUCCGAUGGACAUUGACCGUCAUUAAAAACCCAUAAAAAUUUUUGGACAAUGACUCAUCUUGAUAACUAAUGCGAUUGUUAUUUUUAGAAACUAAACUCUUUUUUGAACCCGGAAAAUAACAAUCAAAUCGUUAACCCUUAUCGUUGAUUUUCUCUAUGGUGAAAGUUCAGAGUGACGAAAUACGAUAAGCUUGUGAGAACAUAGAAUUUUUCGUGUGAAAUAUUUCGAUAUAUCGUUUUUCGUGUGUUGUAGUAAUAUUAUCGUGAAAAAUAUUUAUUUAGUGUAUAAAUUCUAUCAAUAUUUAUGUGUGGCAUUAGUGAAAUUCAGUGAAAACGUUUUCUACAACAUGGCGAUGAAUUCUCACACCGAACAACGAGUAAUGUUUCGAAUUCCAAAAUCAACAAUGUCUACUUCAACGAUAAAACCAUCAACAAAAACACGUAAAUGUUCUUACGGAUCGUAUGAAUGUUUACAACCUUGUCAUGAAGGAUAUUCAUAUUGUUUAAAACAUAUACUUGAAGAUCCAAAUGCUCCUUUUAAACAAUGCGCAUUUAUUUAUAAUUCUAAUGGAAGAAAAUGUCAAAAUCCAGCACCGAAACUUGAUAAAAGAGAUAUUUCUUAUUGCAUAGAACAUACUAGAAAAGCACAAAUUGCUCGUAUUAAAUCAACAUCACGUCAUUCAUUACCUCAAACACCAGAAAUAUUGUUAUUAAAUUUGAGUCAUUAUGUCAAACCAACUGACUCAAGUACAGAAGAUACAGAAGAUGAAGAAAAUAAAGUUAAAGCAUUAGAUCCAUUUAAUGAAAUCGAUGCUUAUAGGGUGAACGCAAGUGGGUGUGAUAUUUUAGAUUAUGCUAGUUCAUCCGAUAGUGAUGUUGAACCUACUACAGUAAGUGAUACUUUAAAAAAUGCUUGUCUCGAUGAUAGUGAUAACGAAAGUUUGCAUAGCCCUCAAGAAGAUCCAUUGAAUAUUUAUUUUUUAAGACACGCAGGAAUAUUUACGGCAGAGGAAGUUAUUUACAUUGCUAGAGAAAAAUUAAUACGUCUUCAGUCACUUUACAUUGAUCAAUUUAGAAGAUUACAAUAUGUAUUGAGAGAAAAGAGACGUAAAUAUCUACACGCUUUGAAAAAAGAAAAAGAAACCGUUUGUAGUAUACAUGAUCAACCGAAAAAAACGGCUAAGGAAAAAAAGAUUUACGAAAAGUUGAAAGCAUUGAAUCGUUAUCAUAGACGUAGUGGUGUAGAAGCUAUACUGUAUAAAAAAUCUGUAGAACGUCGAGCACAGGUAUCAGAAGGAACAACGCAAAAACAACCGAAUGUAUCUAAAUGCAUAUUUACAGAAGGUGGUGUUAAAUGUGGCGAAAGAACACUCCCUUCCGCUAAACAUUGUCGUAAACACAUUCUCAAAGAUCAACAUCAAGUUUUAUUCAAAGCUUGUGGUGCAGUGCAUGCCGACAUUGAAUGCCACGAACCUAUACCGGUCAUAUACGAUUCUAACUGUAUAUUUCAUAUGAAUUUACCACCCCCAUGUAAAUUAGAACCAAUUAAAAUUGAAGAAGAAAAAUCUACUGUACAAGAAUUAUCAUCAAUGAUCGAUAAUCAAUCAAUGGAAAUUGACGUAGUUGGGGAAACUCAAGAGAUAGAUCCAGACGAUGAUAUGGCUGGAUUAAUGAGAGAAAUGAACGAUACUAGUCAUAUAAAACCAACAUUCAAUGAAAGUUUGAAUAGCGAAGCUAGUACAGAUACAGCAUUCAGUUUAUCAGCUCAAAUGAGUGACAGGGAUGAAUUAGUUUCCAUGUGACGACAUGAUUUUUUAUAUUAAUUUCAAGUCUCAUUACUGUAUAAUAAAAAAACAUUCAUAUAUUAA